CGGAGCCCGCGGAAGGAGGUCCAAGGAGAGGAGGCAGCGGCAAGGAAGCGGCGCGGCCAGCCCGGCACCACCACCAUCCCCCGCCGCACGGCAACCACGGUCACCCCCAGGACCAGCAGCAGCUCUCAGACAGGGAUGGGGAGGAGGCGGAGGAGGACUUUUUCCUCAGUCACAGGCAGAGGUCCAGCAGAGAGUCCCUGAAGCUCUCAGAGGGCGCCUCGCCUCUGUCCAAAUCCAGCAGCAAGUGCUCCACCAAGUCCAGCGGCAGCGAGCGGUCGGUGGAAGCGGACCCCCUUUUCCACCAGCUGCACCCCAUGCUCAGCUCGGUCUUCGGCCAGAUCCGCCAUGAGGAGAAGACGUGCUAUAAGGCUGUCCAGACGAGCGAAGAGGGGCCGUCGGAGUACCAGGGUCCGCUCAUGGUGCUGGCCCAGAACUGCGCCGUCAUGCACAACCUGCUGGGGCCAGCAUGCAUCUUCCUGAGGAAGGGCUUCGCAGAAAACAGGCAGCCUGAUAGAGAACUGCGUCCAGAAGAAAUUGAAGAAUUAAGAGAAGCCUUUAAGGAGUUUGAUAAAGACAAGGAUGGGUUUAUUAACUGCAGGGACCUGGGGAACUGCAUGCGAACCAUGGGCUACAUGCCUACUGAAAUGGAGCUCAUAGAACUCUCCCAGCAGAUCAACAUGAACUUGGGUGGCCAUGUGGAUUUUGAAGAUUUUGUUGAGCUGAUGGGACCAAAGCUGCUGGCAGAAACUGCAGACAUGAUUGGUGUAAAAGAGCUCCGUGAUGCCUUCAGAGAGUUUGACACUAAUGGUGAUGGGGAGAUCAGCACCAGUGAGCUGCGAGAAGCCAUGAAGAAGCUUCUAGGGCAGCAGGUGGGUCAUCGGGAUAUUGAAGAGAUCAUCCGGGACGUGGAUCUGAAUGGAGAUGGGCGCGUUGACUUUGAAGAGUUUGUUCGCAUGAUGUCCCGUUGAAGAAUAUUCUCAGCUAAAGAAAAAUCAGCACCUUAGAGAGGGCAGAAGAGGACCUAGAUGGAGCAUCUAGCCCCGAUGUUCCCACAGGAAGGUUUAUCGGCUGGCUGCAAAUGGGACAUUGCAAGAUGACCUGCUGCUCCUCCCUCACGGUGGUCCCCAUGCCCCUCCACCCUUUCACACUGUGAAAGACUUACAACUUCCUACAACUGGAACCAUUCCUCUGAGAUGAUUGCAGGAAACUGCAGAGCCAGGACUUGCCAUGAUGCUUUCAUGGGUUAUUUGCAACUUUAGACUCCUCCUUCCCAGCUUUAUUCUCCCACCAGUUGCUGCAAAGCAAGAGCAGGAGAAAUCCUCUUGGCUUGGUGGAUGAGAGCAAAGCCAUUGGAACUGGUGGCAGCCUCAGGGCGUGCUCUGCACUUCUUGGUUUCCCUUGGUGAACCCUGUCUGUGUUUGCUGUCUAUGCGUGUGUCUAUCUGUGUGGAGUUAUUUAUGCUUCCUCAGCACAAAUUUGCAUCUCCCGUGGUUAUGUUUACCAAAAGUAAAUUCAAAUACAUGUCUUGUGGGGGGAAAGCGAUAAAUAUGCACGCUGAAAUGA